UUUGCAGGAAAAAACAAAGGGAGAAGGAGGAGGAAGAAAUAGUAUUUACAGAUCUUAGCAAGUAGAAGCGAGUUUUUACAUCUGAGCUGACAACUAAUUAUGCAAAGAUUGAGUGAAAGAAACAGAGCUUUCAUGGUGUUUCCUUUUGGCUGCCGUUGCUAAGAAAACAAUGGCGUGUUCACCUGAGAAACCAAUUUUCAGGUCACCAUUGAAAGGGCCACCAUCUCCGAGCUGGAAUGAUUUGUUGCUGAAGAACAAGAAAGCUCUCAAUCAUGUCCUUUUCACUAUGCAUCUUCAAUCCCGUUCAAAUAAGCAAACCUCAUCUUCAUCCCCUUCUCCACAACUUCGCAAAUCCCUAGAUUUUACCCUUUCGUCGCUUGUCUCCGAUCUAACUUCUCUUCUUUCUGAUGAAAUACUUCUUUCUAUUCUCUCUAAACUCCCUGAUUCUCAGAGAAAUUCCAAUUCCCUUGUAUCCAAGCGCUGGCUAAACCUCCAAGGUCGUCUCGUCCGGUCCAUUAAGCUUCUUGAUUGGGAUUUCCUUGUUUCGGGUCGGUUGUUUAUUCGGUUUCCGAAUCUUAUCCAUGUUGAUUUGGUGAAUGGGUCUCUGAUUUCACCUGGGAAUUCGGGUAUUUUUUGCUCUCACCGGUUUCUUUCUUCCCACGUGGAUUGUACUGCUGACGCUAAAGAUUGGUUUCUAAAGGAAAGAUUGUUGUUGCCUUCCGAUGAUAUUGAUAACGGUUUGAGAAUCCUAGCAAGUGGGUGUCCUAAUUUGCGUAGAUUGUUGGUGGUAAAUGCUAGUGAAUUGGGAUUGUUGGGUGUAGCUGAGGAAUGUCCAACUUUGCAAGUGUUGGAGUUGCACAGAUGUAAUGAUCAGGUUCUUCGUGGGAUCGCAGCCUGUCAGAACUUGCAGAUAUUGAGAUUGAUUGGAAAUGUUGAUGGGUUUUAUAAAUCUUCGGUUACUGAUAUUGGAUUGACUAUUUUAGCUCAGGGAUGUAAGAGGUUGGUGAAGCUGGAGCUGAGUGGUUGUGAAGGGAGCUAUGAAGGGAUUAAAGCAAUAGCACAAUGUUGUCAAAUGCUUGAAGAGUUGAUUCUUCGUGAUCAUAGGAUGGAGGGUGGUUGGUUGUCCGCUCUUUCCUAUUGCGAAAAUUUGAACACCUUGAGGUUUAUGUCUUGUAAGAGUAUUGAUCAUUGUGGAUGGUUUGAUGAAGAUGUAGGAUCUUGCCCAACACUUGAAAGAUUACAUUUUGAGAAAUGCCAAUUAAGAAAUAAGGAGAGUUUGAGAACGCUGUUUCUACUAUGUCAAGAAGUUAGAGAGGUUAUUUUCCACAACUGUUGGGGACUGGAUAAUGAAAUGUUCAGUCUUUCCAGUGGUCUAAGGAGAGUGAAGUCUCUUUGCCUAGAAAGCUGUUCACUGCUGACAACUGAAGGCCUCGAAUCUGCACUCCUUUCGUGGAAGCAGAUCCAGAGCCUCAAGGUGAUUUCAUGUGGCAAUAUAAAGGAUACUGAAAUCAGUCCAGCACUUUCUACCUUGUUCUCCACACUCAAAGAUUUUCAGUGGAGAGCAGACACAAAAUCUCUUCUCUCAGCUGGUCUUGUGGGAACUGGCAUGCGAAAAAGAGGCAAUAAACUUUUCAAGAAGACGUGCGACUGGAAGUCACUUCCUGGUGCAUAGACUGGCUUCCUCAUCGUGCAUUCAGACAACUCUACUAGAUUUUACCUCUUCAUUAUGCAUAUGAGAACUCUUAACACAUGAAAGAGGCCAAUGUGACACUUUGCUUCCAAUACUGUCAGCAAUGAGGCGUUGAUGUCAUUAUCCUGUAUUUGUAGUCGUUUAAGUAUUUACCGUAGGAACUAUAGGAAGAUGGGCACUUUCUCAGGGUAGAGAUGGAGAAAGAGGCCUAAGUUAAUGUAUAGAGCUCGAUGUUGUAAUCUCAGGAGCAUUCGGUUAAGCCAUCUCGCUGUAUCCUCUUUGUCAAGCUUAAUGGUAUUUCUGUAUUGAAAUCCCAAAAACUCUUGAAAGGGGUUUUCCUACCUACAAUGUUAUAAAAAAAAUUGGCACCUUUUAUGCCAUUA